CUCACGUUGGACGGUGGUACUUGUUAGUGGUGGUGAUCAACAAUGAUUGGAUGUACAACUGUGAUUGACCAAAAGGCUACUUUGGUCCCAAAAUAACUAUGUAGAGUGUUUCAGAAACAAAUUUCUCAUCAAAUUCUAAACAAUCCAGAAUCAACGAUGAUCUUCAUUUAUACUAUAAUCUAACACGAGAAGCUGAAGAACUAUUGUAUUCAGAGGUACUUGUCAACUUGAACUUAUCUAAUGGCUCAUGAUGAUGCAACAAACACUGUGUUCACUGCUUUGUUAAAACCUUCUUCCCAACCCAAUAAAAUAGGUUCGGUCAAGAGAAGGAUUCGACGGUCCGCAAGUGCCCCUAUUGACUUCAUUCCUCAAGAAAAGGAUGAUUGUGCAGUUCCUCGUAACCAAUCGAUUUUCUUUAAUGUACACCCUAGUUUUAGACAGGUACCGUUGAUUCUUGCUCUGUAUCUUGGCGUAGGAGCCAUUUGCUUCUGCCUAGUCAAAGAUCAAAUCAAAGGUCAGAAAACAAAUGAGAUCCUUGACGCCAUAUAUUUUUGCAUUAUAACAAUGACCACAGUUGGAUACGGAGAUCUUGUUCCAGAUAGCGUUGCCACAAAAUUACUGGCCUGCGCCUUUGUCUUUACAGGAAUUGCUAUUAUCGGGUUUUUUCUUACUAAGUCAGCAGACUUCCUUUUAGAGAAGCAGGAAGCGUUGUUGGUUAAAUGCUUACACAUGAAUGAAAAAGUCGGUGGACUUGAGAUUCUGAAGGAACUAGAAACUAACAGAGUAAAAUACAAGUUCUUUAUAAAUUUAGGAGUGCUUUUGUUGCUUAUGGCAGUUGGUACGGUUUUCUUGAUAAGAGUUGAGAAAUUAAGCUUCGUUGAUGCCUUCUAUUGUGUCUGUGCCACCAUAACAACUUUAGGUUACGGUGACAAGAGCUUCUCAACCAAAGUAGGGCGUAUUUUUGCUAUCUUUUGGAUAUUGACUAGUACCAUCUGUUUGGGUUUGUUUUUCCUACACCUUGCCGAACUGACUAGUGAGCGUAAGCAGCAGUCAAUAGUCAAAUGGGUCCUUACACGAAAGAUGACUCAUGUCGAUCUCGAGGCAGCAGACUUUGAUGAUGAUGGGGUCGUAAGUGCUACGGAAUUCAUUCUGUAUAAGCUUAAAGAGAUGGGUAAAGUAAAGCAGGAAGAUAUUGUACUUCUGAUGAAGCAAUUUGAGGAUCUUGAUGUUGAUCAAUCUGGAACAAUUUCAACAUCUGAUAUAACACUUGCAUAUAUGGAGGGCAACUGACAAAUGCCAUCUGAUUUUGAUUUCGAAUGCUGAUAAAUACAGAACUGAGUUUGGGUGUACACUAGUAACAGUUGCGAGAUAUCCUUCUUUACUCUUGGGCAGAAAAUAAUUGUGUUGUGCAGUGCUCAUCUGAUUCAAGAAGGUGACUUCGUUCCAGGGGGAAAAAAAAAAGCAGACUUGAAAACCGACCAACUUAUUUCUAAAUUGUGAGCUGUUUGUAAAUUAGCAUGGCAUAAAGUGUAAGUUCAGUUGCUCUUUUUGGAAACGCUUAAUGCGACUUUGUCAGAUACAUAUUUGUGUGAGAUUGUACAUUUGAUUGAGUUAUUGGCUGUUGAUAGAUACAAAGUAAUAUUACU